AUGACACAAGAAACUGAAAUUUUUUUGCCUCAUCAUUUACGCUGUGCAAGUCACACAUUGAGUCUUAUUGCGACUACAGAUUUUAACAAAAUUCUAAAAGGGACUUCAGCAUCUAGAAUCAACCAUUCUGUUAUGGGUAAAUGUACAACACUCUGGAAUUUGUCACGAAGACCAAAAUCUUCAGAAAUCAUCCAUACUAUAUUAAAUUGUUCACUGAAAUAUCCAUGUCCUACUCGGUGGAACUCUCUUUAUGACGGUAUUACACAGCUUUUGAAAUACAAAGAUAAAUUAAAUUUAGUGUUAAAAGAAUUAAAUGUUAAGUAUAGUUUCAAAGAUAUAGAUUUUGAGUAUUUAGAGGAAUUAGCUGCUUUAUUAAAGCCUAUUGCUGGUGCCUUAGACUUUUUGCAGAGUGAGAAUCAAUGUUAUUACGGUCAGCUUUUACCCACAUUAUAUUCACUUAAAACUAGACUAGAAAUGUUAAAAGAAAAAAAUUUUCGCCAUUUAGCUAAUAUGAUAACACCAUUGGUUAAUUCUUUAAUAAAACGAUUUAGCGAUUUUUUUGAAUUAUCUCCCAGUAUAAAUGAAGCUAUUUUAGCAACUUGUUUUCAUCCAUGUUAUAAAUUAAGAUGGAUCUCUAAUGAAUAUGACCACGAAAAAAAUAGAAUUCAAAACCUAUGUAUAAAUGCUGCAGAAAAUAUUUUUAAUAAUGAUAUUACUAAUAAUUCAAAUUCUAGCGAUGAAGAUGACGACAAUUUUAUUGUUUAUUCAUCGCAACCAGAAGCUAAAACCAUUAAAAAAGCCGAUCUGGAAGUAGUUACUUUUUUUAAUGAUAAGGCUAAAUCAUUAAAUAUUCUAAACAAUUAUCCAAUUAUAAAAAAACUUUUUAUUAGAUUUAAUACCAGCUUAUGCUCCUCAGCACCCGUAGAACGAAUGUUUUCCAUGGCAGGAUUUAUUAAUAAUCCUACCAGAAAUAAAUUAUCUGAUAUAACCUUCGAAAAACUUGUAUUUUUAAAAGGAAACAAAGAUAAAUUAACUAUAUAA